UUCAGUGUUCAUUACAUAUGGUCAUCAUUUCCACCAAUUGCAAUGUUUAUCAUGUACAUUGUAAUGUUCUACAGUAUACGUUGUAAACGUCAACUUGCAUCAAAGAUUCAUUAUAAUCAAGAUGACUUGGUAAUAUCAAUGAAACGUAAACUGAAUGUGACGAAAAAUGGUGGUUAUGAGCGAUCUAUGCUAAUUCAAGCAGCAUUGACAUGUGGAAUAUUUGAAAUGAAUUUUAUUCUUUUUUAUUUUUUACCACCGUUUAUAAUUAAAAUAUUUGGUGAAAGAGCUCUUAUUCCAUUAAGAAUUUUCAUUAAUUGUUAUAUUAUCUUCAUUUAUGCUGCAUUACCCACUGUUUAUUUCCUCUGCAACAAUCGAGCUCGUAGAAUUUUAAAACAUUACUUCUUGCAGUUAAGAAAUUAA